GAUUCCGAUGUUGAUUUCAGAUGGAUGACUCAACAAAAGACUUUACCAUUGAAUAUUGUUUUCCUGACAACAAUGCAUCUUGCAGGAAGGCAGUCAGAUCAGGCCCUGGGAGUACAUUUUUGUUUGUUUUUCUCUCAUGUAUAUCUGUGUGUACUGUGAUUUUGAACUUGUUGGUGAUUAUCUCCAUCUCUCACUUCAAGCAGCUCCACACUCCAACCAACCUGCUCAUCCUCUCUCUGGCUGCGGCAGAUCUCCUCGUGGGAAUGUUUGUUAUGCCUGUGAAAAUCAUGCAGCUGUCAGACUCCUGUUGGUAUCUUGGAAAGAUAACGUGCUCUAUUUCUGAAAUAAUCAUUGGCCUCUCAGUGUUAGCAUCUCUUUGCAAUCUGGUUUUCAUUGCAGUUGAUCGGUAUAUGGCCAUCACCGACCCGCUCUUUUAUUCCAGUAGGGUCACUAUUUGUAAAACAUCUGUGUGCAUACUUUUAGGCUGGUCUUUUUGUCUAUUCUAUAUUAUUAUUUUCAUGUACUUUAAUGAUCACCUCACUCCAUCUCAGAUAUCCACCAGCUGUUAUGGAGAGUGUGUAGUGCUUGUAAGAUAUCCCUGGGUGAUUAGUGGCACUGUAAUAUUUUUUAUAGUUCCCUGCUCUGUUAUUCUGAUAUUAUAUUCCAUCAUUUUCCAUGUGGCCCUGCGGCAAGCAAAGGCUGUCAGAGCCGUGGCUAAUGGUAACUUAAACAAACGUGCAGGCAAAGUCUCAAGCUCUUCAGAAACCAAAGCAGCAAAGACGCUGGGCAUUGUAAUUACUGUUUAUUUUACUUUCUGGAUACCUUUUUAUUUAAGUUCUAUGUCGGUUAAAAACUUGACAACUGCUUCAAUGGUGUGGACUGUGUUUGGCUUUCUAAUGUGCAUUAACUCCUCUGUGAAUCCACUGAUAUAUGCUAUAUUCUAUCCAUGGUUCAGAACAUCAGUUAGGUACAUAGUAAACUGUAGAAUAUUUGAAACAUCAUCAUCAAGGUUGAAGUUGUACAGAGAACACUCAUAAUUGAAGAACAGAACUGGGACUACAUUAAAAAAAGAGAGAAAUAUAAAUUAAUAUGAAGUUUUACUGAAAUAGGAUAUAUAUUUGUAAGUGUCCUAGCAUUUUUCUGAAAUGUUAAUGCAUAUUAUUUAAAAAAUCUGACAAAUGUGAACAAAUAUUGCUGCUUUUGCUGCAGUAACUGUAUAAUGUUUUCUUACAAGAGUGAUUUUGUAAAUGUGUUCAUUGCAAUGUAUAUAUAUAUAUUACAAAAAUACAUUUGGAACUAUAUACUAUACUAUAUAUACUAUAUGAAAAGACACAUAUGCAUAAAUCAUAUGCAUGUUUUUUUUUUACAC